GUCUGCCAGAAAACAUUCGCCAAUGUUUACCGCCUCCAGCGCCACAUGAUCAGCCACUCGGAGUCCACAGACCUUCGCAAGUUCAAGUGUCCCGAGUGUGGCAAGGCCUUCAAGUUCAAGCAUCAUCUCAAAGAACAUAUCCGAAUCCACUCUGGAGAAAAGCCAUUCCAGUGCCUGACUUGUUGCAAGCGGUUCUCUCACUCGGGCUCCUACAGUAGUCACAUGACCUCCAAGAAGUGCUGGGUCAUAGGGCAGAACAAGGGCCAGGGUCGUCGCCAGGAGCAACAGUCGGAGGAAGGUCGAGGUCACAACAGCGGAGCUGGAGGAGGGUACCCAGGAGAAGGAGAAGGGGGACAUUUUAUGUUCCCACCUGUUGGACAGGUGUACUCCCAGUCUGUAGGGAGACUGUCUCCAG